AUGACGAGGUUUAACAAAGAAAAACUUCAAAUGCCCGACCUUCACAUCACAACGGCUGUCUCCGCCCUCACUUAUGCCAUAAGAUGUGAAGCUUUCAAGAUGUCCUUAUCAAAGAUCCCACCGCAAACAGUGACCGAGCUCCUCAGCCGAGCUGAAAAAUACAUUAAUAUGGAGGAAACACUGAAUCCAAUGAGACAUGGUCCUUCCCAUGAAAAGGUUGAGAACAAGAAGCAACAUGAUCCGAUUAAACACAUCAAUUGGGAAUAUCCUUGGGAAAAGUGCAAGAAUGAAGGUCCACCAGGGCCCCUCACCCGAUUAAACACAUCCAAGGCAAAUAUCUUAAUGGAGAUCAAAGAUAUGAAAGAAUUAAAGUGCCCUUCAAGAAUGAAGUCGCCCUUGACACAAGAGAUAGGAGCAAAUUGUCAAGCCUUGCAGCGGGAGAUUGAAGCCCUUAUUAAAAGAGGACUCUUAAAAAAUUACAUUGGUCAUGAUAAAUGCCUGAGGAAUGACCGUGACAACCGAAAAGAGCCUAGAGCCAGAAGCAGUGCUCAACCCACUGCCGGGACCAUUAAUAUUAUCAUUGGAGGCAUAGCAUCUGGAGGAGACAUAAAUAGUGGGCGAAAGCAAUAUGUCUGCCAACAUGCUCAUACCUCAAAGGAAUCCCGUGAUAAAUUUGAAGACAUUACCUUUGGAUCAAGAGAUUUGGAAGGAGUAUCAUAUCCUCAUGACGAUGCCUUGGCCGUCUCUGCAAUUUUGGCUAAUUUUGAAGUAAAGUGGAUUCUGGUUGAUAAUGACAGUACAGCAAACAUACUAUCACAGGAGGCUUUUGCUAAAAUGGGGCUCUCUCUCAAAUAG